CGAAAAACGAAAAUCAAUUUUAAUUUCCUCCCAUUAAAUAAAAAAACACAAAAAUGAGUGCAAUACCCUUCGAAAUUAAACUAAAGCGCGAAAAUAAAAUAUACUAUGAAGGAGAAAUGCUUACCGGAGUCGUCCAAUUCAACUGCCCCACAGAGGCCAAGCACGACGGAAUCUACUUGUCCAUGGAGGGAAUCGUCAACCUUCAGCUAAGUACAAAAAAUGUUGGCAUUUUCGAGGCUUUCUACAACUCAGUUAAGCCCAUCCAACUACUCAAUACCAAUUUGGAGCUGAGUGCCCCGGGAAAACUCUCUCAAGGUUUAUCGGAAUUUCAUUUUGAACUGCCAUUGGUAUGCACAAAGGAACCACGAAUCCUGUACGAAACAUAUCACGGUGUAUUCGUGAACAUCAACUACCAACUUAAGUGUGAUGUCAAAAGAAGCUUCCUAGCCAAGAGCCUCCAAAAAACGCAACAAUUCUGCAUCCAAUACAAGCCAAACAUUGUGGACGCCAAAAAGCUACCACCCACUGAAGUGGCAUUCAGCAUAAGUCCAGAAUCGUUGCAGAAAUCUGCCAAAGAAAGGAUAUCAAUUCCAAGAUUCCUGAUCACAGGCAAGUUGGACGAAACUGAGUGUUGUGUGACAAAGCCAAUAACUGGACAUGUGUCUGUCCAGCAUACUGAAGUAGCAAUCAAGUCCAUCGAACUGCAGUUGGUUCGAGUUGAGACUUGUGGAUGUGAUGAAGGUUACUCCCGAGAUGCCACUGAAAUACAAACCAUUCAAAUUGCCGAUGGCAAUGUCUGUCCACAGCUAGAGAUUCCAAUUUACAUGAUUUUGCCAAGAUUGUUUACAUGUCCGACUCUGAUUACGAAGAAUUUCAAAAUUGAGUUUGAAAUCAAUUUGGUGUUUAUUUUCAAGGAUGAUUAUGCUGUGACGGAGAAUUUCCAAAUCGUCCUUAAGCGAGUAGCUCCUCCUGGGGAGUCAAAAUUUAGCCGUGAUGGCUGAUAAGUCGUGCCUGUGUGUAUUGUCUUUGUUUCUUUUCUUUAUUUCAGUUUUUAAAACAAGUAUAAAUGUUGAUCAUAAAUUAAAUGUAUCUAUCUGUAUUAGGUGUUAAGAUUUAUAACCCCAGUGAUGACUUAUAAUAUAAUGUACGUAGAAAAAAAAAUUAGAUAAAUUAGAAAAAUUUAAUUUCUCUUCCAAAUAGAGUAUUUUUUUUAAAGCUUAAAUAUUUGUUUUCAAUCCGUGUAAAGUAAAACCUUAUUGGACACGUCGUAUUUUAUAAAUCAAAAUGUUUUUUUUUUUUUUAAUUUCCCGUGAUAAUAGUCUAAAUAAUCCAAAAAAGUAAUGAGGAAGUUCGAAGUGGAAAGUUGAGCGAGAGAUUCUCAAUGAUCGAUGCAUAACUUCCGAAGAAAUUUCAGAACGUUGUUUAAUAUAAUAAAUGUAAAUGUUUGUUACAAGAAAUUAAACCCAUGAAUUAUUCUAAUAAUUUAAAUAAUA